AUGGACGUGUACCGCACCCCUGCCGCCGCGCUGGACAGCCUGGUGAUCGGCAGUCUGCGGCCGCCCGCGGAGUUCGUGGGGACGGCGCGGCGCGCGCUCGGGACCCUGGGCGCGGUCCUGAGAGAGCGUGGGGGCCGCCCGGGUGCCCGGGGAGCCGCUGCCCCGCCGUGGCGGGUGCUGAAAAUCACCAAGGGAGGUUCCUUUGGCCGGGGCACAGCUCUGAGGGGUGGCUGCGACUCUGAACUUGUCAUCUUCCUCAACUGCUUCGAGAGCUAUGAGGACCAGGGUGCUCGGCGCACAGAGAUCCUCGGGGAGAUGAAGGAGCUGCUGGAAUCCUGGUGGCAAAACCCAGUCCCUGGGUUGAGCCUUGAGUUUCUUAAGCAGGACACGCCUGGGGUCCUCCAGUUCCGCCUGGCAUCCGCAGACCUGGAAAACUGGAUGGAUGUUAGCUUGGUGCCCGCCUUUGACGCGCUGGGGCAGCUCAGCUCCAAUGUCAAGCCCAAGCCCCAGAUCUACUCCACCCUCCUCAACAGCGGCUGCCGAGGCGGCGAGCACGCGGCCUGCUUUGCAGAGCUGCGGAGGAGCUUCAUGAACACUCGGCCCUCCAAGCUGAAGAACCUGAUCCUCCUGGUGAAGCACUGGUACCGCCAGGUGUGCCCGCAGGGGGGCAGCAGGCGGAUGCCCCCAGCCUACGCCCUGGAGCUGCUGACCAUCUUCGCCUGGGAGCAGGGCUGUGGGGAAGACGCCUUCAGCCUGGCCCAGGGCCUCCGGACAGUCCUGAGCCUGAUCCAGCAGUAUCAGCACCUGUGUGUUUUCUGGACCACCAACUACAGCUUCGAGGACCCUACCGUUAAGGAGUUCGUGCUUCGCCAGCUUAAGAGACCCAGGCCCGUGAUCCUGGACCCAGCUGACCCGACGUGGGACGUGGGGAAUGGGGCAGCCUGGUCCUGGAAUCUGCUGGCCCGAGAGGCAGAGUCCUGCUAUGGCCACCCAUGUUUUCUGCAGGCGGCAGGGGGCGCUGUGCAGCCCUGGGAGGUGCCUGGCCUUCCAGGCACUGGGUGCUCAGGCUUGGACUACCCCAUCCUGCAAGACACUGUCCAGGAGACCUCCAGGGACAGCAGCGGUCUUGGUGCCGUGUGCCCAAAGGCAAGGAGCAGGCAGCCCCGCCCUGCCCCUGCCCCCUCCGCAGUGGCCAGCAUCGCCCCCUCCGCCCCAGAUCUGUCUCAGAUCCCCAGCAAGGAGCUAGACCGCUUCAUCCAGGACCACCUCAAGCCGAGCCCCCUGUUCCAGAAGCAGGUGAGCAAGGCCAUCGACGUCAUCCUCUGCUGCCUCCUUAAGAAUUGUGUCCACAAGGCCUCAAGGGUCUGCAAGGGGGGCUCAUUCGGCCGGGGCACAGACCUCAGGGGUGGCUGUGAUGCCGAACUCGUCAUCUUCCUCAACGGCUUCGAGAACUACAAGGACCAGGGUCCCCGCCGCGCAAGGAUCCUUGGUGAUAUGCGGAAACAGCUGGAAUCCUGGUGGCAGGAUCAGGUCCCUGGCCUGACCCUCAGUUUUCCAGAGCAGGCCAGGACCGAGACCCUGCAGUUCCAGCUAGUGUCCCCGGCCCUAGAAAGCUGGAUGGACGUCCGCCUGCUGCCCGUCUUUGAUGCCGUGGGACAGCUCAGCCCUGGCGCCAAGCCUGACCCCCAGAUCUACUGGAACCUUCUGGACAGCGGCUGCCAGGAGGGCGAGCACGCGGCCUGCUUCGCUGAGCUGCGGAGGAACUUCGUGAACACCCGUCCAGUCAAGCUGAAGAACCUGAUCCUGCUGGUGAAGCACUGGUACCGCCAGGUGGCCUCUCAGCACAAACGGGAACGGCUAGCGUGCGCCUCCCUGCCCCCAGCCUACGCCCUGGAGCUGCUGACCAUCUUCGCCUGGGAGCAGGGCAGUGGGGAGGACUUGUUCCACAUGGCCGAAGGCCUGAGGACCGUCCUGGGGCUUGUCCAGCAGCCCCAGCAGCUCUGUGUCUUCUGGACAGUCAACUAUGGCUUUGAGGAUCCAGCCCUCAGAAAGCACCUCCUUGGCCAGCUGCAGAAACCCAGGCCCCUGAUCCUGGACCCUGCCGACCCCACCUGGAACGUGGGCCAGGGCAGCUGGGAGCUGCUGGCCCAGGAAGCGGCAGCCCUGGAGACGCAGGCCUGCCUUUUGAGUAGAGAAGGGACGCCUGUGCAACCCUGGGACGUGAUGCCCACUCUCCUUCACCAAACCCCAGCCUGGGACCUCGACAAGUUCAUCAGCGAAUUUCUCCAGCCCAACCGCCAGUUCCUGGCUCAGGUGAACAAGGCUGUUGAUACCAUCUGCUCCUUCCUGAGGGAAAACUGCUUCCAGAAUUCUCCCACCAAAGUGCUUAAGGUGGUCAAGGGCGGCUCUUCGGCGAAGGGGACCGCGCUGCGAGGCCGCUCCGACGCCGACCUGGUGGUGUUCCUCAGCUGCUUCCGCGAGUUCACCGAGCAAGGGAGCAAGCGGGCCGAGAUCAUCUCGGAGAUCCGAGCCCAGCUCGAGCGGUGCCAGCGGGAGCAGCCGUUUGAAGUGAAGUUCGAGAUCUCCAAGUGGGAGAACCCCCGCGUGCUGAGCUUCUCGCUGGCAUCCCAGACGAUGCUGGACCAGAGCGUGGACUUCGAUGUGCUGCCGGCAUUCGACGCCCUCGGCCAGCUGGGCCCCCGCUCCAGGCCCCGCACACAAGUGUACGUCGACCUCAUCCGCAGCUACAACAACGCAGGCGAGUACUCCUGCUGCUUCACAGAGUUGCAGCGGGACUUCAUCGUCUCCCGCCCCACUAAGCUGAAGAGCCUGAUCCGACUGGUGAAGCACUGGUACCAGCAGUGCACCAAGAUGCCCAAGGGGAAAGGCCCUCUGCCCCCCCAGCACGGGCUGGAACUCCUGACAGUGUAUGCCUGGGAGCAGGGUAGCCGGGACCCCCAGUUCAACAUGGCUGAGGGCUUUCGCACUGUCCUGGAGCUGGUCACCCAGUACCGCCAGCUCUGCGUCUACUGGACCGUCAACUACAACUGCGAGGACAAGACCAUCAGAGACUUCCUGAAGAUGCAGCUGCAGAAGAACAGGCCCAUCAUCCUGGAUCCGGCUGACCCGACAGGCAACCUGGGCCAAAGUGCCCGCUGGGACCUGCUGGCCAAGGAAGCUGCAGCCUGCAUAUCUGCCCUGUGCUGCAGGGGCAGAGACGGCACCCCCAUCCGGCCAUGGCCAGUGAAGGCUGCUGUGUGAAGGCCAGAUGAUCCGUGGUUGCCAGAUGGACGCCAACCAUCGGUGCGGG